AUGAGUGGCGGAGGAGGAGAAGAAGGAGAGAGUCUGGAGUUCACUCCGACAUGGGUGGUCGCCGCUGUCUGCACAGUCAUCGUUGCCAUUUCCCUCGCCGCAGAGCGCUUUCUUCAUUUUGGCGGAAAGUUUCUCAAAGCCAAGGACCAGAAGCCGCUCUACGAAGCUCUACAGAAGAUCAAAGAAGAGCUCAUGCUGUUGGGCUUCAUUUCCCUCCUUUUGACGGUUACACAAAACGGCAUUACCAAAAUCUGCGCUCCACCGGGCUUCAUGCGCCACAUGCUUCCGUGUAGCCUCCAGGAAGCCUCCACCCAUGAAUCUCAUUUCCAGACGUUUUAUUUCCCUGGAAUACCCAGACGCCUUCUCGCUGGCACCGCUCAGGAACACGCACCGCCCUCCGAGCCCGAGAUUGGUUACUGCGCCCGCAAGAAUAAGGUACCUUUGUUGUCUGUGGAAGCACUGCACCACCUCCACAUCUUCAUUUUUGUCUUGGCUGUCGUACAUGUCACCUUUUCCGUACUCACCGUUAUCUUUGGAGGUGCCAGAAUACGUCAGUGGAAACACUGGGAAAAUUCAAUUGCCAAAAAGAACUACGAAACCGACCAGGUUCUGAAACCAAAGGUGACUCAUGUUCAGCAGCAUGAUUUCAUCAGGGGCCGUUUUGCUGGCUUUGGCAAAGACUCAGCUAUAGUCGGUUGGUUGCUAUCCUUUUCAAAGCAAUUUUAUGGAUCUGUGACAAAAUCGGAUUAUGUGACGUUACGUCAUGGUUUUAUCAUGACCCACUGCAGGUCAAAUCCAAAGUUUAAUUUUCACAAGUACAUGAUCCGUGCCCUUGAAGAUGAUUUCAAGCGAGUUGUUGGUAUAAGCUGGUAUCUAUGGCUCUUUGUGGUUAUCUUCUUGUUGCUCAAUAUCAAUGGUUGGCAUACGUAUUUCUGGAUUGCUUUUAUUCCUGUCAUUCUUUUGCUUGCUGUGGGCACUAAGCUGGAGCAUGUAAUAACCCAACUAGCUCAUGAAGUAGCUGAAAAGCAUGCAGCCAUAGAAGGCGACUUAGUUGUGCAGCCAUCAGAUGAACACUUUUGGUUUCAUCGGCCCCAUGUUUUCCUCUUCUUAAUUCACUUUAUCCUUUUUCAAAAUGCCUUUGAGAUAGCAUUUUUUUUCUGGAUAUGGGUUACAUAUGGAUUUGAUUCCUGUAUAAUGGGGCAAGUUCGAUACAUUAUUCCAAGGCUCGUUAUUGGGGUAUUUAUUCAGGUAUUAUGUAGCUACAGCACCCUGCCACUUUAUGCAAUUGUUACGCAGAUGGGAACUCACUACAAGAGGGCAAUAUUUAAUGAGCAUUUGCAACAAAACAUUGUUGGUUGGGCACAAAAGGCGAAGAUGAGGAAAGGACAAAGAGCAGAUGGUCAUCCUGGCCCAGGAAGUUCUCAGGAGAGUGGUAAUACAGAAAUCCAGCUUGGGUCAAUUUUCCCCAAGAAGACAUCUACGCCAGGAGACACUUCUUCUGCCUCCAAAGAUAACGGGACCAGCUGA